GACUCGGAUCCUGCGUCGCACGAGCGCUGAGAGCUACUCUGGCAAUAAAUGAGCGAUUACUAUGCUCACAGGAGCAGCAGUGAAGUCUAGGGCUGUCUCUCUCUCAUCCUCUCUCUCUGCCAUCAUCAUCAGCAUUGGGUAUGCUCUGCCACGACCUUUAUAUUUUGGGACGCUUCCCACCAUCGACUAAGCACCGCUACCCGUGUAGUCUUUGCCUUCACUGAUGUAUCUAUAGCGUACACGCACGAGCAGACGUGUGUGGAGUGCACGCCGUGAAUAUGUGACCUUCAAAUUAUAAGAGCGCAACGGCUGCACACUCACUGUGCUGAUCUCGACAGAAUAUCCAGCAAAAAUGGAGCACGACUUCAUCUUUGACCGCUGGCUCGAACAGAAAGGGUCCUUCCAACACCGCCCACAACCGUCUGUUCCAACCAUCUGUAACACAAAGUCCCAAGCUGCCCCACAGCAACAAGCUCCUACGUGGGCGACAGUAGCUACUGUUGCGGCAGGAGUGGCGGCCACUGCACUGACCGUACAUGGUCUAUACAGAGCUCGUGGGAUGAGAGGUGUCUUGCCUUGAACAGAAUCUGGACCGAGCCAAAUGGAGUAUCACUCGACGAUAUAGCAAAUAUUUGACUAAGUAGCCAGUGAUCACAAC